CACCGGCAGUGACGCAUGUGGAGCCCGACCGGAAGUGGGGCCUACCGCAGGCCCGGCCGGACGAUGAGCCGCCCGGGCGUCGAGUGUAGGGGCUCUGCCGCCGAGCGGCGCGUUCACCGCAACCCCUCCCACUACCAGUACCUGAAGGUCGGCCUGGAGUGCGAGCCCCGCGGCCCCGGGCUCCGGCUCAGCGACGCCGCCUUCAAGCAGACGAUCGUGGCCGCCCUCAGGGGCUUGCACGGCGAGAUUGGAGCUGCCUUACCCGUUGACGUUCUAAAAUUUGAAGAGCGAUCAUUGACGGCCAUACUGAGGGUACGAGGAAGUGACCUUGUGAAGUUGUGGAGUGCAUUGACCCUCGUGGCCUCUUGUAAGGAUAAGAAGUGUGCUUUCAGAAUCAUUCAGGUCUCCCCAUUUCUUCUUGCAUUGGCAGGCAACAGCAGAGAAUUUCUCUUGGAUUGAGAACUUUGACAAUUGAUGUUGGAAGUAACUUCAUCCAUAUCGAGUUGUAAGAUUAUUGGAAGAAUGUUUAUCAGUGGUCAAAGAAUGAUGCUUGGUAUAUUUCGGAGAACAUUGAACCUGGGUCAGUGGCGUGCAGGUAGCACUGUGGUGCUACGAGAUAAUUUUCUCAGGUCUGUGCAUAUUCAAGCUGGAGAGAAGGCUGAACUGACCAGAGUAUUUACCCAGAAUGAUGUAUUAGCAUUUUCGGAAUUAACAGGCGAUACUAAUCCACUUCACCUGAGCACGGAUUAUGCCAAAACGCACAGGUUUGCAAAGCCAGUUGUGCAUGGUGCGUUAGUAGGUGGAUUGAUAUCUGCAGUUCUGGCAACUAAAAUACCUGGCUGCAUUCUUCUGUCACAAGAACUGCGUUUCCUCACCCCCCUGCACACGGGGGAAGAGGUCCUGGCUACUGCAGAGAUCGUGAAAAUAAAGAUGUCCAUCGCCUGGAUCGCAGUGUCGUGUGUUAUCAAAGAAAAUAACACGGUCAUUUUGAAAGGCGAGGUCAGGGUUAUGCUGCCAGAAGAUAAAGGUCAAAAUGUGUAAUUAGACUGAAAUCUGUGAGUGUUUUGUCGACGUUUUGCUUUGAAUGAAUGCUAUCAUUGUAUAUUCUGUACAAGUUGUUAAGAACAUAUGAUGCGAAAAUGGAGAAUUCAGGCACCUCGCACCUCACAUUGGGAUUACGUUCUUGAAAAGCAGCGUGUAAUUCAAAAACGUGUGGACUCGUAUACGUGACUGCGCUGCCAGACGGAAAUUUGAGCGUGUUAUUCCGAAAAUACGAGCAUGUGAAUCAAGCUCUGGUAUUAAAUGGAUCAAGUGCAUUGUUUCAAAAUGCAUAGAUCAAUCAUGCGUAAAAUGCGAGGCGUCUGGAUAUUGAUUGGAUGUCUGACAUGAUAUGCCAGUAAUUAUAAGGACUUUCUCAAUGGUAUUUUAUUGUAUAAAAUAAUGGAGUCAGGGGAUAUGGGGAGAAGGCAGGAACGGGGUACUGAUUGGGGAUGAUCAGCCAUGACCACAUUGAAUGGCGGUGCUGGCUCGAAGGGCCGAAUGGCUAUUGUCACGUGUACUGAGUGAAAUUCAUAUUUGUAUUUGCUACAUCUAUGUCCAGUCUAUUAAAGAAAAUAGGGGUGAGGGGUCGCUCCCUCCGACUA